CGCGGCGCGCUGUCUGGGAAAGGAAUAGAGUAUCCACAACACUGAAGUGUGUCAUUUGACAGAGCAGAGGAGAUAUGAAACUAAGUGAAGGAUCCACGCGUAUAAACAUGACACAGACAGUACAGACGAAUGGGGUCCAACCCCUAAGCAAGACCUGGGAACUCAGUCUUUAUGAACUACAGAGAACUCCACAGGAGGCCAUCACGGACGGUCUGGAGAUCGCCGUGUCCCCACGCAGCUUGCACAGUGAACUCAUGUGUCCCAUCUGCUUGGACAUGCUGAAAAACACCAUGACCACCAAGGAGUGCCUACACCGCUUCUGUGCUGACUGCAUUAUCACCGCUCUCAGAUCAGGAAAUAAGGAAUGUCCAACGUGCAGAAAGAAGCUGGUGUCUAAGCGCUCGCUCCGUCCCGACCCUAACUUCGAUGCCCUGAUCAGUAAGAUUUACCCGAGCAGAGACGAGUACGAGGCCCAUCAGGAGAGAGUGCUGGCCCGCAUUAGCAAGCACAACAACCAGCAGGCACUCAGCCACAGUAUUGAAGAAGGCCUUAAAAUCCAGGCCUUGAACAGACAGCCGCGGGGUAAGAAGCACCAGAUUGAAAACGGCAGUGGGGCAGAGGACAAUGGGGACAGCUCACACUGCAGUAACGCAUCAGUGCACAGUAACCAGGAGGCUGGGCCCAGUAUCAAACGAACCAAAACUUCAGACGACUCGGGGCUUGACAUGGACAAUGCCACAGAAAACGGUGGAGGUGACUUGGCACUCGAUGGGGCCAGUGAGAUUGAACUGGUGUUUCGUCCUCACCCAACGUUGAUGGAGAAAGAAGAUGCUGCACAGACACGGUACAUCAAGACGUCAGGGAAUGCGACGGUGGAUCACCUCUCCAAAUACCUGGCCGUCAGACUAGCUCUCGAGGAAAUGCGCAAGAAUGCAGAGGCAAGCCCCAUCAAUGUAGAAGCGGCCAGUGAAAAACAGUAUACCAUCUACAUUCCCACAGCCAACAACCAGUUCACAGUCCUGAACGGUUCCUUUUCCUUGGAGCUGGUGAGCGAGAAGUACUGGAAGGUCAACAAGCCCAUGGAGUUGUACUUCGCCCCAACAAAGGAGCACAAAUGAAUACAGCAAGACACAAGGGCUGAGACAGGCCCAGGACAGACUGAUGGUUCAUUCUCUGGUCUUUCUCUCCUUCCUUCUGUCUUCUCGCUGUUCCUCCAUGUCUGGAGUUCUCUGGAGCCUUGACUCUUCAAUAACUGUGGCUGCUCUGAUUUGUUUUAUAUUUGUCUUUUUGUAUUGGAAAUGAGACAAGGGUUGAUUAAUAGGCAUGGGGUGAGAGGGCCAUAAGAGUCAAACCAGUGUGUGGAUGUCCCCCUCCCCACUUUUAAGUUGACACCAUCAUUUCAUUGUCAUAUGUUCAAUUCUUAUUUUUUGAAUCAAGAACAUAACCUUCAACAAACCAACAGGUUAGUCCCCAAAACGGAUACCACAACAUAAUUAAUUUAAGAGUCAAACAGGAUGUUUCACGAAAGACUCUUUCAGAAGGUGGCCUUCGUAGCCAGUGGUGGUGUCUUUUAACAUCAAACUACACAUAUGAAGCGUUUGUGAAGCUGUGAGAGAUUUUAAGUGCAUUUGUUGACACGCCACUCCUGUAGCAGCAACAUUUGUUGACUAACACAAUUGCAUUUUGCCACUGUGUGUCCAGAUAAUGUGAUGGCAUAGUUGACACUUUUCGUGUCACUAGUCUGCGCUACUGUGUUGGUCAAUUAAAAAACGUCAUAUGCUUUGGGGAUUGUACAUACAUCACUUUAUAGUAACCACAUUGAAAUUGUAUAUUGAUACCAUUGUUACAGCUAUUUCAGUACUUUUUCAAUAAACAUAAACUGGCAGUUGUACAUCAAAAUGAACCAAGUUUUUGAUAGUCGCAUUUUCAUAGAAGCUUUAUCAUCAAGACAAGAUCAAGUUUUUAGAGCAUGAAGUACUUUUAGUUUGACAUUCUUGGCAUACAUAUUGAGUUGUUGUUGUUUGGGGAAAAUGUAUACAGCGUUCUUUGUUUGAAAAAAUAAUAAAAUAAUGUAUGCAAA